CGGAGCAGGAAGCGGCGCGGGGCGGGCGGAGCCGCGGGGUCCCGGUGCUCCGGGGUCCCGGUGGCACGGGGGGGGGACACAAUGCGGUGCGUCCUGAUCGCCAGCAGCGCCGCCGAGCUGCUCUUCUACUGGGCUGAUGCCGCCUUCCUCCGCCGGCUCCGGCCGCCCGCCGCUGCCGCCGUGCAGGGCCCGGCGGUGGAGGACAGCCUGAACACGCUGUUCGCGCCCCUCAUCAUCUCCUGCACGGCGCUGCUGGAGAAGCUGUCGGACACCUACACCUGCUUCAGGGCCGAGCACGGGCGGCACCUCCACGUCCUGCACAUGUUUGGGGAUUGCUUGUACAUCGCGGUCAACGGCGACGGGACGGAGAGCGAGGACGACCUGCGCAGGACGCUCUUCGUGCUGCGGCGCCUGGUGGAGGCUCACUGCGGCCUCGUCACGCUCGACUCCCACCUCAUCCGCAAGGAGUUGCGGCCGGCCGAUUCGGAGCAGCGGGAGCACGUCUGGAGCCUGCUGCGGGGCCUGCUGGAGACCUACCUCCGCCUGCGAGAGGAGGACCAGAGCUUUGCUGUGGAGGCCGUGGAGCGGCUGAUCCACCCCCAGCUGUGCGAGCAGUGCAUCGAGUUCCUGGAGAGGCAGGUGGUGCAGUACAUCAACGCCAGCCCCGAGCGCGGCGGGGACGAGGUGGGACAUGCCUUCCUCCUGGUGCACACCAAGCUGCUGGCCUUCUACUCCAGCCGCAACGCCAGCUCCAUCCGCCCCGCCGACCUGCUCAUCCUCAUCCUCCUGGUGCAGGACCUGUACCCCAGCCAGAGCGCCGAGGAGGAGCUUGGCCCCCAGCCUGAAGCAGGGAAGGUGUUGCCUCAAGGACCCAAGAGAAGCGAGAGCAUCCCGGUGAGCAGCCCCAGCUCCCGCGGAGGUGCAGAGAAGGAGUCAGACGAUCAGGACACAGAUGAUCUCUCCACACCCGAGGUUUACUACACGCCCCAGCCCUCGCCGGGCAGACAAAGCACGGGCAGUGAGAGCUGGUCCGAGAGCCCUGAGCCGGCGGCUGCUGGGGAUGCAGACUUUGCGGAUGUCCAGGUGGCAGAGGACCUGCUCCAGACCUUGGAGCCUCUGGUCCCUGAAGCUUCAAACCCCAGGAGGAUCUUCCUGGAUGCCAACCUGCGGGAAGGCUACUGCCCCUUGCUGCCCCACACCAUGCACUGCCUCCCGCUCUGGCCGGGCAUCUCCCUCGUGCUCCUGACCAAGGUGAGCUGUAAGGUGAAGGCAGCGGAGCUGGGCUGGGUCCUGCCUGACCCCUCUCCCUCUUCUACAACAGGGCCCUACGACCCACGUGGCCGUCACCUUGCACCAGCUGCUGGAUGGGUUCUUGCUGCUGGAGAAGAAGCUGGAAGAGGGGCAGGAGGUGGGAGCCCCCCGCAGCUUUCCCAUCCUGACCGAGCUGCGGCAGCGCAUGGACAAGUUUGUGAAGAAGCUGAGCGGGCAGGACAUCCAGUUGCAGAACGCCUGGGUGGAGUUCAAGAACAAGAUAUUCUCCCGCAGCGAGCCUGGGAGCAGCCUGGAGCUGCUGCAGGCUCUGGGCACGGUGAAGCGGCAGCUCUGCUCCGUGUACCGCCAGCUCUUCCUCAGCACCUCCAGCCAGAGCCUGUCGCAGGGCCUGCGGGACCGUGCCCAGAAGCUGAUGAGGGAGAAGCUGCUGGACUGGCGGGACUUCCUGCUGGUGAAGAGCAGGCGCAACAUCACCAUGGUGUCGUACCUGGAGGACUUUCCUGGCCUGGUGCACUUCAUCUACGUCGACCGCACGGCUGGGCAGAUGAUGGCUCCGUCGCUCAGCAUGGCGGAGAAGUCCAGCUCGGAGCUGGGCAAGGGGCCUCUGGCCGAGUUCGUCAAGAGCAAGGUCUGGUCCCUGGUCGCGCUGGCCCGGCGAUACCUGCAGAAGGGCUACACAACUCUGAUGCUGCAGGACGGCGACUACUGCUGCUCCUACUUCCUCUGGUUCGAGAACGAGCUGGGCUACAAGCUGGAGGUGAUGGAGGUGCCCGUCCUCUCCGACGACUCCGCUCCCAUCGGGAUGCUGGCAGGAGACUACUACAGGAAGCUGCUGCGCUACUACAGCAAGAACCACCAGGCAGAGGUGGUAAAGUGCUACGAGCUGCUGACCGUGCACCUGGGCAUCAUCCCCUCCGAGCUGGUGGUCCAGCAGGCCUGCGACUUGGCCCGGCGCCUCUGGGAGCCUUCCCGCAUCCCCCUGCUCUGAGCAGCCCCCGGGGCCGGGAUUAAAGCGGGUGCGGAUGUU